AUGCGGCUUGGGGAAUUUUGUCACCUCGGGUGUGUCAGCUUCUUCGGUCCGCUGAGCCGAAUACACGGUCGCCGCGAGAUCGCCGUCAGGGAGCUUGAUGAAAUGGCGUCAUUGGCAAGCAGACAAGGGCAUCGACAUGGAAAGCCGUAUGCGUUCCGAAAGUGCUUAGGAUUCAAACUCCAAGCGAUCGAACGAAAACAUCCUUUCGAAAAUGCCCUUGCGGACGGUCUCCAUCGGCUCUAUAUCGCUCCCUUUGGGCAUGAUACCAUUUACUAUGUACGAAGCCCGAGGGUAAGAAUGAGGAAACGAAAGAGGGUUAUAGAAAGCCGUAACUGGUCGUUCAGUUCCAGAAUGCGAUUUGACUUGUCUGGUAUCACUCAAAGACACAACGAUCAAGAACCUGCCAUGAUACGUCGUUACCGAUGA